AUGUGUAGUUUAGUUGCAGUUUCGAUUCACAUCGGAUUGCCUUGCCCAGGCAGCACAUCAAUCAUCCAUCACGCACCAAAUCCCGGGAGACAACGACAAACUGGCAGAACAAACCUGAAUGGCAAACGGCCCAUGCCACGCAUGCGAUUUAUAUACAUAUAGCAAGGUCCAGGUUGGAUCGCAAUGGAUGCAAUUUGGCCACUUCGCUGCACAUUUGGCCAGAUUAAAAUUCCUCUCAAAUAGUUAUACGCCACUAAGCUUAUUUAA